GAAAGGUAUAAAAAUCUUUCGUCGUGGCCCUUUCUGCCCUGUUCGGCUGCAGCCACUUUGCCAACUUCGACUCCUGCUCAAGGCCGAGAGACCAAGCCUAGCCAAACGCCAUCAUGACCCACCAAUUUCUAGCGCUCUCCCCAGAGCAGAAGAAGGAGUUGUCUGGCAUAGCCCAGAGGAUAGUGGCUUCAGGCAAAGGAAUCCUGGCUGCAGAUGAAUCUGUGGGUACUAUGGGUAACAGGCUGCAACGCAUCAAAGUGGAGAACACUGAAGAGAAUCGUCGUACCUUCCGUGAGAUCCUCUUCUCCUCAGACGCCUCCAUCAGCCAGCAGAUUGGAGGAGUUAUAUUCUUCCAUGAGACACUCUAUCAGAAGGACAGCAAAGGAAAGCCCUUCCCAGCUGUCAUCAAGGACAAGGGCAUCGUGGUUGGGAUCAAGCUGGAUAAAGGCAUGGCUCCAUUGGCAGGAACAAACGGUGAAAGCACCAUUCAAGGUCUGGAUGGUCUUGCUGAACGUUGUGCCCAGUAUAAGAAAGAUGGAGCUGACUUUGGGAAGUGGCGCGCUGUUCUGAAAAUCUCAGAUACAACUCCCUCCACUCUAGCCAUUCAGGAGAAUGCUAACACGUUGGCACGUUAUGCCAGUAUCUGCCAACAGAAUGGACUGGUCCCUAUCGUGGAACCUGAGAUCCUGCCUGAUGGAGACCAUGAUCUCCAGCGGUGCCAGUAUGUGACAGAGAAGGUCCUGGCGGCUGUUUAUAAGGCUCUGAAUGAUCACCACGUCUACCUGGAGGGGACCCUGCUAAAGCCCAACAUGGUGACUGCUGGUCAUUCUUGCACCAAGAAGUACACCCCUGAAGAGGUGGCCAUGGCCACAGUCACAGCUCUAUCCCGCACCGUUCCUGCUGCAGUUCCUGGUAAUGAUGUCUCCUCAAUAUAUAGUUUGUUAUCUAUUAAUGGUCUGGCUUGCCAAGGCCAAUAUGUCACUUCAGGAAAGAGCAGCACAGCAGCCACUCAGUCAGUUUUUACUGCCAGUUACGUCUACUAG